GUAUGUAAAUCGUCUUAGUACCUCUGGGAGGCAAAGAGAGAGAAAGAGAGAGAGAGAGAGAGAGAGUCGUUCGGCAGGUCGGUCUUUUCUCAUUUACUAACCCACUCAUCAAUCAGCUUCAGACAUUUUCUUUUCCUCAAAGCUCUUUAUUUUUCUUGUUCACACACUCUCUCUAAUCUUUAUCUCUCUCUAGGGUUUUAACCCAGAGAUUUCUCGAAGCUAACCAACCAUGGCGGAGGUCAUGAACAUGCCGGUCGAUUCACUCGACGGUCGCCAUGAGCGCAAGGAGAAAUCCGGCGACGAUGACCCUCAGUCCUCGUCCCCGCCUCAUCCACCGCAUCCGCCGCCGGCGCCUAGAAGACGAGAUAGGGAUGAAAGGGAGAGAAGAGACGAUAGGGAUGGUUCCGACCGACCUCCGAGUCGCCGAGGAGAUUACUACGAUCGGAACAGGUCGCCGCUGCCUCCGCCUUCGAUACGCGAGAGGGAGAGAGAUAGAGAUAGGGAGUACAAGCGGCGGAGCAGCAUUAGCCCGCCUCCUCCGCCGUAUAGGGAUCGCAGGCACUCGCCUCCUCCUCGAAGGUCGCCUCCUCCGCCGUAUAAGAGGUCGAGAAGGGAUGAUGGAGGGUACGAAGGGAGGAGAGUAAGUCCCAGAGGUGGAGGGUUUGGGCCUGGCGAUAGAAGGUUUGGAUAUGAUUAUGCUGGUGGAUACGAUCGUGAGAUAAGCAGCAGGCCUGGGUAUGCUGAUGAGAGGCCUCAUGGACGAUAUGUUGGACGAUCAUCUGCUGGCUAUGGCCCUCCUGACUGGGAGUCAGGUCGUGGUGGUUAUGGGGAUGCAUCUGGUGCAGGGACUACUCAAAGGGAAGGAUUAAUGUCGUACAAGCAAUUCAUUCAGGAACUUGAAGAUGAUGUACUACCAUCUGAAGCUGAACGCAGAUAUCAAGAAUAUAAGUCAGAAUAUAUUUCAACUCAGAAGCGUGCUUAUUUUAAUGCACAUAAGGAUGAGGAAUGGUUGAAAGACAAAUAUCAUCCAACAAAUUUAAUUGCUGUUAUAGAAAGGAGGAAUGAACUUGCACGAAAGAUUGCAAAGGAUUUCAUUCUUGAUUUGCAAAGUGGAACAUUGGACUUAGGGCCAGGUUUCAGUGCCUCAACUUCAAAUAAAUCUGGACAGACUAGUGAUCCAAACUCGGAUGAUGAAAUGGAUGCGGGUGACAAAAGACGAAGGCAUGGUAGGGCACUGACUAAAGAAGCUGACCUUCUUUCAGCUGCUCCUAAGGCUCAUCCAGUCAGUUCUGAACCUAGACGAAUACAGGUUGACAUUGAACAAGCCCAGGCUCUUGUACGCAAACUUGACUCCGAGAAAGGAGUUGAGGAAAAUGUUUUAUGUGGAUCUGAUAAUGACAAUGCAGGCUCCACUGGCCCAGUUAUUAUUAUACGAGGUUUAACCUCUGUCAAGGGCCUGGAGGGCAUCGAGUUACUAGACACGCUUAUAACUUAUCUUUGGCGUAUUCAUGGCUUAGACUAUUAUGGGAUGGUUGAAACAAGUGAACCUAAGGGUCUCCGUCAUGUGAGGACAGAUGCAAAGAGUAGUGGUGUAACUGCUAAUGGAGCUGAGUGGGAAAAGAAACUGGAUUCUCGUUGGCAGGAGAGGUUGCAGAAUCAAGAUCCCUUGGAAGUAAUGACCGCUAAGGAGAAGAUAGAUGCUGCUGCUGUUGAAGCUUUAGAUCCCUAUGUCCGGAAAAUCAGGGAUGAGAAGUAUGGAUGGAAGUAUGGUUGCGGAGCCAAGGGUUGCACAAAACUCUUUCAUGCUGCUGAGUUUGUGCACAAGCAUCUUAAACUGAAGCACCCAGAUCUUGUUUUGGAGCUGACAGUUAAAGUGCGUGAAGAGCUGUAUUUCCAAAAUUACAUGAAUGAUGCAAAUGCACCCGGUGGUACACCUAUUAUGCAGCAACCCAUACAGAGGGAGAGACCACAGAGGCGUAGAUUAGGUGCAGAUAUUCGAUUAAAAGAUGAUCGCGGUAAUCGGAGAGAACGGGACAAUCGAGCAAAUGGUGGUGAAAGAUAUGAUAAUCUUCAGUCAGGUGAAUUUCAGCCCAACAAUGAUGGUCCUGAUGGAGGAAAUCUUGAGGAACCAAUGUAUGAUGCUUUUGGCGGGCCAGGAAUGCAUGUCGCUCCUCCUUUCCCCUCAGACAUACCCCCUCCACCAGUGUUGAUGCCUGUUCCGGGUGCUGGUCCACUGGGGCCUUUUGUUCCUGCUCCACCUGAAGUUGCAAUGAGAAUGUUGCGAGAACAGGGUGGUCCUUCACCUUUUGAAGCCGGUGGCAGAAGUGGACGACCUGGACCCCAGAUUAGUGGGCCUGCUCCAAUUCUUGCUUUAUCUCCAGCUUUUCGGCAGGAUCCUAGACGUUUACGCAGUUAUCAAGACCUAGAUGCACCAGAGGAUGAAGUCACCGUGAUAGAUUACCGGAGCUUAUAGAUUUUGAAUUUUGAUAGAUGGUCCCAACAUCUCUGUUGAGGAGACGGGAAAUUCUUGUAUGGUCAAAGGGAUCUAAUGCGGCUUCGCAGAAUCAACUUCCUUGUGUAAAAUUCACUAUGGUGUGCAUUGCUCUCAACCUUUCUUUUCGCUGAUGGUAUGGCUUCCAGUUGAGAUAUCACCAGAAAAAUAUGUUUUAGGUUAAAGCUUAUUCUUUGUCCCACUAGCUUUUGCUGGCUUUGAAAGAUAUAUAUGGUCAUGAACAUGGAGUGGGAAUGUUAACAGUCAACAAAAUUGAUUUCUGUAAAAUGAACAGUAGACUACAGAUUUCAGUUGUCUUUUGUUUUUCUUUCCAACUUAAAAAAAAAAAAAAAAAAAGAAAAAAAAAAGGAGGUGUUGUUUGGACUCUGACAAUUAACCGCUAACAAUUGAACUUUUUAGUUUCUUAUUAUUAUUUAUUAUUUUUAUAACAAAGUGAUGCAGCAGCAGAUGAAUUA